AUGAAAAUGAAAGCUGGGGGCCACCAGCUGAAAUCUGCACUGCUUAUUUUGAUCUUGAAUUUAUGUUUUUACGCGAGUUACCAGCUGACUGAACUACAGAUAUGUAAGCUCUGCACCGGGACGGUCCUCAAUAACACCGAGGUGGGCCAGUUCUGCUCCUCAUCCGCUGGUCGGAUAGAAGGACGCUGCUGUUUGAGAAAUGACAACACAAGCGACCCUGAACACAUCAUCGGGUUGGAUCUGUCCAAUUGUUCACUAACUCAUGUGGAUGAUCUUCAGGAAGCAUCAACAGCAGUAAUGAUAGACCUCUCACUCAAUUCAAUUGUCAACAUCAGUGACUUGGUAUUUCAAGGAUUUAUUGAGUUACAUUACGUGAUUUUGCCAGCAGACAUAGUUUGUCCAGGAGGCAACACAUCCUGGGAAAAGGAGGAUGUCAAAAAGGGAAAUCGUUUUUGUGAAGGCCAGAAAAAUAUGUGCAACCAGACUGGACAGCUGUCCAUUAACUGUCCGGAGAACUCCCUCUGCGGCCCCUACGGCCCCGGCUUCUUUGAGUGCAGCUGUGCUGACAACUACCACGGAUACAAGUGUCUUCGAGAGGGGGAGUUCCCAUUCCUCCAGGUGUUUGGGCCUCUCGGAGCAUCCACAGUGGUGAUCUCUGUCCUGCUGUGGGUCACCCAGAGACGGAAGGUCAAACCACUCUGAGGCUGAACUGCAUUCGACUGGCUUUUAUCUUUAUCUGCAAUGAUCUACUGAGCUGAAACUGACUGUUCUGAAAGGGAAAAUGCUGACACAAAGUCUGAGGUGACCCCAGGCUUCUUUAAAUAUUUUAUGACUUUUACACCUUUGUGGGGCAGCUAUGUUUUAUUUAGGGAGAAUUUAAGACUGACAUUUGACUUUUACAGCAUAAUCCCAGUAAUUUUAGAGAAAGGAUUUGAAAACAUAUUGCUCUAAGUUUUAAAUUAAUUAGUUUUUUUUCUCAAUAAUGACCACUUUUAACACUGAAGUUGUAAUGUUGACUGACACAAGGUUUUAAUUAAGGUAAUAGGUUGUGUUAAACAAAAUCCUACUUGCUGUUAACUGUGCCAAACACAUAAUGAAUGUGUGUGAGCUUGCACAACAAUGGAACUACAUGUCUUGAAGCAUGUUUGAGAGUAUUUGUAGAUUUUUAUCAAAUUUGAGCAAAAAAUUAUUGCAUGUUGAACAUGUACUUUACAGAGCGCAAAAAACCAAGUCGGCUUCAGUAUCUGAAUCAUGAAGAUCCCAAGUUUAACUGAACUUGGUUUUUAUUCUGCAAAAGGAGUUUUAUUUAUAAGUGGGGCAUUUUAACUACUACUGUGCAGUAUAUCAUUUAGUUGUCACGAUCACAAAGUAAUCUCAGCAUACAAGUGUUUUUUCAGUUGCGGUCCGGUGAACCAUUAACAUAUUUUCAUCCUUCACAACAAAUAGCGAUUUGUUUGUAUCUAAACCUGCAUAAAUGUUUUUUAUUAGAAUAAAUGAAUAUGGUUUAUGCUGUUGCCAGGCUGUUUUACCACGUUGCACGUUUCAGCUCCAAGUUGAAACAAGACUCGAUACUGCUGAAAAAUGAUCUCCCUCUGAUUGUACUUUUUGUUCAUCAGUCACAUGUGAUAAUUUGGAAAAUGUCUUGAUGUUGAUGGGCAGGUAGUUUUGAUGCUUCUUCCCAAUGAGAUUCAGGGUUCUAUUAAAAACUUUAAAAGAGAA